ACAUAAUGAAAUAGAAGGCUGAACCACCAAAGAAACCCAAUAUUAUCGGCAAUAGCCAAAUUUGGAUUUGCCUGAAACACCUCGACAAACAUUUACUGGGCAAAAAAUCCCAACGAACUUCAGUUCAUCAGAGAGUCUAAUAGCUCCUCUAUACGAGGUAUUCCAGGAUGCCAUCCAUCCUGUGAAUUAAAUGGAUUGUGUAUAAAAUACACUCAGAAAAAGUGACAAGGAGAAACCGAACAUCAGGCUAGCUAGUUGUCUUUUUCUAGAAUUUUGAUUGGCCCAUAGUCACGUCUAUGUCAACAGAAAAGUGACAGGUCUAAAGAUCUCUAUGUCUACGACCUAGAAUAACUUCAGUGAUAAUUUUGGCGUUUGGUCUAUGACUUUGAUAAAUGUCUGUCGAAAAAUGUACAUUUUGCAGAAUCAUUUCCGGCCUAGAACCCGCUAACAUCGCCUAUCAAGAUUCAGAGAUCGCAAUCUUUUCCAAUAUACAUCCAGCAGCAACCCACCACUUCUUAGCGAUACCUAAAACUCACAUUGACAAUAUCAACCAUCUGAACAUCUCUCAUAUUCCGCUGAUAGAAAGGAUGGCGCAAAAGGCCACAAGGGUUGUUGAAGAUUCGGGCGGCAACAUCCAAGAUAUUUUACUCGGCUUCCAUAAGCCGCCUUUUAACGCCAUUGAUCACCUACAUUUACACUGCAUCUCACCCAUGAGCGAGAUGAGCUUCUUAUCUAGGUUGAUUUAUAGACCCAACGACUUAUGGUUUGCUUCCGUUGAACAAAUAGUCCGAAAGCUGCUGCAAAUGUAAUAUACUUUGUUUUCCUUGGAUUAUCAUAAAACCGUAGGCAUAUUAUUA